GAUGCGCGCGCAGCUUCGUCUGAACUAAGAGGAAAUAAAAGAACCAAAGCAAAACAAAAGGAAACCAGCUAAAAGCAUGUAUCAAUGUUUGCUUUAUUGGCAGUUUUAACUCUGAGGCUUUUACUCGACAGAUUAAUCAAAGACAUUUCAAACCAAAGUAUUGAUGGAGGAAUUCGACUACAACAGUUCAGUCCAGCCUGGAGGCAGCCGUGUCGAUUCAGCAUCUGGAGCAUCUGGAUCUGGGAAAACCACGCCCAGGAAAGAACGGCUGAAAAGCAAUGUGGCUGUUAAAGCAAAGAAAGCCAAAAAGACCCCACCGUUCCACUUCCAACAGCCCACCUUCAACGGGCCAGGGGAAGACAUCGUGUUUUUUGGGAUAGAUGAUUCGACUGAUUCUGACGACGUUCCUUGGUCAGAAGACAGUGAAAUAGUGUCCAAAGCAAAGUCGCCUAAGAAAAAGAAAUCAGUCUCUCAGGAAAAACCUCCGCUGAAACGGAAACCAGUGAAAAAGAAACCUCCUGUUGUGUCCCCGGAUCAGGAGAAAGAACGGGAGAAGCCUCCUGUCCAUGCGGCCGAGUCUGAGGACAGGUGGGGACAGCAUUUACCAGAGGAGGUGCUGGUCUACAUCUUUCAAAUGGUGGCUGCUGAAGACGGGGCGGUGCCUUUCCUCUGCAGGGUCGGACGAGUUUGUCGUCUGUGGAACGCCGCUGCCUCCACCCCGAUUCUGUGGAGAAAAGUGACCGUAGGUUACUGUUGGUAUCAGCCAGCAAAGAAAUUGUUUGCAAAGACGAGAGACAGGAUCAAGGAGACCGUGGCCUGGCUGACGGAAAACAGGUUCUCACAGCUGCGGGACUUUACUCUCUGUCACUGGGCAAAGAAUGUUGACUUCACCUUAGAGAGCAUUUCAAAGUUUUGUCCCCACCUUCAUUCCCUCCACCUGUCGUACUGCAAAGGUCUGACGGCGAGCGGGAUGCACAGCCUGGGUCUGCACAGCCGCUCCCUGCAGACCAUCAAUCUGCAGCACUCGCAGUUUCAGAUUGAUGCGGUCGUGCAGUACCUGGAGGAACACGGGAACCAGAUCAGGCAGAUGCUGUUCACCCGCAGCAGCAGACACGACAAACUUCUGUCGGCCAUCUCCAGGGGUUGCUGUCCUAAUCUGGAGCUGUUGGACAUUAACAACAGCGUGGCGAGUAAAGACACAGAUAUGUGCGUUUGCUUUAAGAUGCUGCAGCACUCCUGCCCAAAACUUAAGAUCUUCCGGAUGAUGAACAUCCAGAUUACGGAAAAGGUGAAUCGUAAGAUAGACGAGUCCGAGUGCGGUUUCCCUCUUCUGGACGAGUUUUGUGUCACCAACGCUGCACACUCCUACAUGACGGACGAAGUUCUGCUGGAUACUCUGUUCGGUUCCACCAAACUGCGAGUGCUGGACCUACGUGGGGCUAAGCGGAUUACAGCCGGUGGGCUGGCAGAGCUGCCGUCUCAAGAGCUUGAGUGCCUUUUCUGGGGCGUGUAUUUCACCAACCCCUAUGGAAUCAAGGACAACCUCCACCUGCUGAUAGAGAAGUGGGGUCAUACGCUCCGGCAGCUCGACAUCACCAAUCAGCCUUUUACUGAGGCCGACCUGGAGGGCUCGCUGAGACUCCUCUCUCAGUUGUCUGAUGCAAACACGCUCGUCUCACUGAACCUCACCGGCACCAAGGUCACGGCGAAGGCGCUCAGGCCAGUUGUUGAGCGAUUGACGGGUUUAAACUACCUUAAUCUCACAUCAUGUCGCAACCUUCCAAGAGGAAUGAAAAAGAUCUACAGGAGCCAAGGAGAGAUUCGUGAGCUGUUGGUCAAGCUGCACUGAUGGCAGAGCCUUUCGGUGUCUCACGCCUUUGACACCGUCUCCUUGAACCCAAGUCGGCCUGAAAAGAUGGCCGCUCACCCUGAGCCUGGUUCGGCAUAAGGUUUCUACUGUUCAAAGGGAGCUUCCAGCUUGUUUUUUAAAACAUGCCAUUCCUCAGGGUUGUUAUUUUUUUAUACAGUUUUCAAAGUCUUUAUUUGUAAAAAAUUUCAAUAACGGUUCAUGUUUUUUAUAAGUCGUUUAAUUCAAAAGCACAAAUAAACCAUUUGUCUUAGCAA